AUGUACACUGAUGGGUACAACGUCAAUACAUACGGCGGCAAAAGCGGAAAACACAAAGGCAUCAUCAAAGACAGCCAGGGUAAAAACGCUGCCUAUUUCGCCUGUAAAAGCCCGUUGUUCGGGAUCAAAGUGCGCCGGUCACCGAACGGGCCAAGGCUCGGUCCGUACGCGCUCAAGAAGGACGUGAUGUACGUGCUAGGCUGCCAAUGGGACGACUCCGAGAGGCGUAGAUGGCAAGAGUUCCAAGCUGGGAAUGGAGCCAACACCUCGGGGUAUAAUGCUGCACCUUACACGGCCGAAGAAACUUCGUUCCUCAAGAAACACUAUCGCUCCGAAUAUCACUUCCUGAGACAGCACGGGCUCAGUAUCUACAAAGAGGAAGACCGCGAAGAGGGACGGGUGAUUUUACGCGCCAUCAUGCGUGAGGACGAGAUGUCCGAGCUGGGAGGGUCCGGGGAUGAGGAGGAUGAUUUUGAUUUGUCACGUCUCGAAGGCCAUCAGGCAGACUACAACUUCACGGAACGCCAGCUUGAUUGGAUCGAACAGUACUAUGGCAAUUCGGAGCAGUUCAUGAUUUCCUAUGGACUUAAGUUCUACCGUGAAGAGGAUCUCGAGGAGGCAAAGGCCAUUGUGGAUGUCAUGAUGGAUGGAGAUGAUUAG